AUGGCCGGUACACCACCCCCGACAGGUCGUAAAACGACAAUUGAGGUACCAAUUCACGCAAUCCGAAAAUAUGUCCCAGGCUCCGGGCCUCCCCCGCCUCGAAUCGCCUUGACCCCGCCGCGAGAUUCAACCGGGUACAUUAUCGAUCAGUUCAUCCUCCCCACCGACAAGGACAUGACCACAACCGCCCGACGCCUAGUCCACUACCAUGUCGGUUUCACCGAUCUACCGGCGGUUAAACUCCUAAUACCUUGCCACAAGGUGCUGGAUUAUGUCUCGCCGCGGGAGCUUGAGGACUGGGAGUACCGGAAUCUGGACAAAAAGCAGGAGCAGGCACGCCAGUUGCGCGAGAAACAGCAGGCCGCUCCUAUCAAAAAGAAGCCCGGACGGCCCCCUAAGAUCCCUAUGGAGGAUUUCGGCAUGCCGCUGGUGGGUUCAGCGGAGGAGACGCGGCUUCUGGCCCAACAGGUUGCUGGGCCAUCCUUGUCCACGCCACAGAAGCGAAAGCUCGGCCGCCUGCUAGACGAGGAAGGGUUUGAGUAUACCAGCAAUGGAGAGUCGGACGAUGCUGCUAUCGCCCGUCAACUAGAUGAACAAUACGGGUUUAGGCAUGUUGGGUCCGAGGACGACAUGGUAGACACAGAGUCCGAGGACCCGCUCGCGCUGCAUUACGACGCCCCCGUCGCAGAGACUCCGCCCCGACCUGGUGGUCUGACGCAGGCUGUCAACGAUUCCUUCCAUGUCAGGUCCAAGACCACACCUCUGAAAACUGGCUCUUCCGGCUCCUCUGCGCCAGCCGCUCCUCCACAACAGGACACUCCCAAAUUCGGAGGGUUACACCCGGCCUGGGCGCAUGCGUUCGGCCAGCGCAGGCGCUCCGACGAAUCCCCGAAGCCUCACGGCCAAGACGGCCAUGCCCAGGGCAGCAGAACGCCGUGGUUACCCGCUGUGCAGUCACAAACUAAACUAACGUCCAACACCGGGUCUGGAUCUGGUAUGGCGAACCGCCAUCCGAAAGAUCCCGCCUCGCGGCUUUCGACCCCGAGCGCCGCAGCAUAUUCCACUAUUGCUUCCGAUUCAUCGGCGAGGAAGCGCAAGGAACCAGCGUCCAACGGGAAAAAGCAGCGGAAACCGAAGAAACAAAAAGUCGAGCCGCAAGGUGAACCUGUCACCGACGAGUGGGAGGUGAAGGAUUUGCUCGAUGACCAAUGGUUCAUCGAACAAGGGGUCAAGGUGCACAGAUACCUUGUCCUCUGGGAAGGAGACUGGCCUGAAGACCAGAAUCCCACGUGGGAGCCAGCAGAGAACGUCCAAGAUCAGACCCUGAUCAAUCGGUACGAGAAGAAGAAAGCCGGCUUACUCAAGCCCCAAAGGAAGGCUCAACAAACGCUGCAGCAGUAUUUGGCGGGUGCCAAGUAUUCCAGCGUCGUGGAAGCCUUUGAGGGCGGCAUCAACGAGCAAACUGGGCGGGCCGCCGCCGACAUUGGGAGCGAUGCUGAUCCAUCUGAUGAGACCUUUUUCGUGACGGAGAGCGUGGGGGGCAUCGCGAACAACGACACAAAAGCGACGGGGACACCAAUCUUUGGGUCGUUUGACAGCAUGCUCGCGCGAUACAAGCAAAAUUUCGGGUGA